AUGUUAAUCUGGGGAAGCGUGUUGUGUUGGUACAUAUUGUUACUCCUCUAUGGUGCACUUCCGCCUAUAUACUCCCGCCAAAAAUUUAAACUCCUUGUGGAAGCCGUGAGCCCUGCACCCAUGUAUUGGAUCGCCACAUUGUUAGUUGUGGUUGUUUCACUUCUUCCAUACAUCACUUACAUGGUCAUCCAGAGGUUAUUUUAUCCAACACAUGACCAACUCAUCGGGGAAAUGAAUUACAUUACAAAUGAUGUUGUAAAUAUGGUCCAUGAGGUUGAAGAAUUAUUGGAAAUCAUCCCAGAACAGGACCUAUGA